CCAGGUUUGAAGUCGCGCUUUACCCACUUCAUCGACUUUGAGGAUUGGACAACCGAAGAUUGCCUUCAUUUGUUCAAAAAGCGAGCAAAAGGUGAGAACUUCAGAUUAGAAGCUGCUGCAGAUAUGGAACUGCAGGAAGGUUUUUCAGCUUUGCGUCGCUUGGAUGGCUGGGGAAACGCUCGCGACGUGGACAAAGUUUGGAAAGCCUCGCUGCAACAGAGGGCCGACCGCGUGGUACACGAAUCCGAAGGCUUGGAGAAGACGAUUCAAGCGCGCGAUGUGAAGCCCGCCUUAGAAACAUUGCUGGAAGCUCGCCGCGUGAAAGCGGCUCCAACCAUGCCAAGCUUCAGCUGGGAGCAUUUGCCAAUGAAGCUGCCUGAGCCACGAUGUCAAGAGACCCCUGUGCAGAAGCAGGCUUUCAAGGAGCAAUUGGCAAAAGAGACAGAGGUGCAGCCCAAUGAGGAUGAGGAUGCACGGGAUGCUGGAAUCAGCGAUGAAACUUGGGCGAACCUUCAACGGGCCAAAGAAGCGUUUGCGCAACAAGAAGAAAGCUGGGCAAGAAAGCUGCGAGAGAUGGAGGAGCGAGCAAAGGAAGAAGAGGCGCGAAGAGAAGAGGAGUUAAGGAAAGAGAUGGAGGAGAAUCUCAAGCGCCUUGCAGAGGAGGUGGAGCAGGCACGGCUUGAGGAGGAAAGGCUGCGACUUCAGGCGGAGCUUGAAAAGCGUUUGGAAGAAGAAAGGAGGGAACGUGAGCGACUCCGCCUGGAGGAGCUUCGACGAAUACGCGAAGAGCAAGCCCGGCAGCAAGCCAUUCGAGAGAAACUCCGGCAGAUAAGUCCAUGUCCGGCUGGCUUCCACUGGCCGCUCAGCGUCGUUUGCACGAAACACUCGGCAAGACGCAACGCCAGAAUCACUCAGCGAGGUUCAAGAUGUCGGGUGGAUGGAGGUGUGGUGGCGGAUCGCAUUUUGUCUCAGAUGAGCAGCCACCUGGAGUGCACUGUGGAGCCCACUGCUUCAUUUGGAGCUUGACUUUUGGUUUCAGCCUGUCCAAGGUUGCAGAGACAGUUUACUCAUUGAGACGUGGUUUUGUGCUCGAGGACGCGUUUGGCACGCUCCUUGGGCAGUUAGUUAUUAGAUGGGACCAUCUUCGUGGAGGUCUCAGGCCAAUUUAGAUUUAGAUCGAAUUGAAUUGAAGCAGCGCGCGCAAAAGGCCCUUGGUACCCCCAAAUGGGGCCCAAGAGGACGUCCCAGGACAGGCACAUUGCUCCUUCAACUCGGCAAAUC